AUGUUCUUCAACACCCCCACCACCCUCCUCCUCGCCAUCGCCGCCGCCUCCUCAGCUUCCGCCCAAUGCCUCUCGCAGCCCCCCUCAUCCAUCGGCUUCCCAAUAAACUACUCCAUCACGCCCACGCGCUCCGACGCCGUCUCCUUCCAGAUCCCGCCCAACUCCGUCGGCCCCUGCACGCUCGUCGCGCGGUUCCCCGCGGGGUACCCCAUCGUGAGCACGGGCUCCGACCUCGUCAACGUCACGGCCGUCGACGGGCCCGCGCCGGGCGCGCUGGUCGGCGCGCUGCGGUUCCGCGCGGGCACGACGACGGUGGUGAAUAGCUUUGCGUGCAGGGAUGUCAUGUCGUACGAGCUGAGCAUUGCGCAGGGGGAGGGCGAGGUUAGCUUUGCGGAGAUCCAGGGGGCGGGGUUGUUUAUGGAUGUUGGGAAUUGCUAG